AUGUCGUUCACCGACCGCUUGCUCUCUCUGCCGAACCUCAACGCGGUUUACUCGGCGGUGCUGCUCGAAGAGCUACGCCGCGGCGGCCUCGGGCACGUCUUCCUCUGCCCCGGUUCGCGCUGCUCCGCGCUGACCGCCGCUGUCGCCGCCAGCAGCGUGCCGCACACGAUGGUGACGGACGAGCGCGGAGCCGGAUUCGCCGCUAUCGGGUUCGCACGUGCAAGCGGCCGGCCCGCCGCCGUCGUCGUAACCUCCGGCACCGCCGUCGCCAAUCUGCUUCCCGCAACCGUCGAGAGCUGCGGCGCGCCACUAGAGAUGCUGACGCCCGUAGCCCCUGUGACGCAUCCGCUACGGCGGAUGCAGGACACGGGCGCCAACCAGACGGUGGCACAGGUGGGGAUGCUGGGCCCGCUGCGCUGGUUCAAGGAUGUGCCUCCGCCCGCGGAGUCGGAGCCACUGGUCGCUUGGCUCGCCGACGCCGCGUAUGCUGCCGCAUGCACGCUACGGCAGCCGCAGGGGCCGGUGCAGCUCAACCUCCAGUACCGCGAGCCGCUGGCGCCCUCCGCCGCGGCGUGGCCAGCGGCGCUGCUCGAGGCCCCUCGUGUCGCCUCCUGGCCUCCCGCGCCUCUCGCCUACCGAGAGUUGCUCGCCUCCAGCUCGCCCUUCACCGUCUACUCGACUGCAGAGGGCCCGCCGGGCGAGGAGGUGGUGGCGCCGCUCGCCGCGCUGCUCGCCGGAGCGAGGCGUGGCGCGGGCGGAGGGUGCCGUGGGUGCGGCGUGGUUGUAGCCGGCGCGAUGCGGAGCGAUGCGGGGCGGCGAGCGGCCGCCGCACUCGCGGCGCGGCUUGGCUGGCCGCUACUCGCCGACAUCAACUCGGGCUUGCGCAAGCCAGGCGCGGCAGGAGAGUCGGAGGGGGCGACAAUGUCGGCGGCGGCGGUCCGCAGUGUGCCGUUGUACGAUUUGCUGAUCGGCGCAGAGGAGGUGGCACCUCCCGACGUGGUUCUGAUGGCGGGCGAGUGGCCGGCGUGGGUGGCGCGUCACGUCUGCGCCGUGCUGGCGCGGCGGGAGGCUGCGACGGGCACCCGCGCAGACCCAGCCGGCAGCCGCGGCGGGGGCGCUAGGCACUUUCUCUUCUGCUCGAGCUCGCUGCCGAUCCGCCACCUCGACAUGUAUUGCGCCGUCGCGCCGGAGGCGCGCUCCAAGCCCAAUCCGCGCCCUUCCCUAGCCGAGGUGCUCUCCAACCGCGGCGCGAGCGGCAUCGACGGCAUCUUGCACGCGGCAUUGGGCGCCGCGCUGGCCAGCCCACAGGGGGGGUGCACUUGCCUUGUCGGCGACGUGGCGGCGCUGCACGACCUAUCGGCGCUGCCCGCGCUCGCCGCGGCGGCGCCGCCCCUGACGGUGGUCAUUCUCAACAAUGGCGGCGGCGGUAUCUUCCACUACCUGCCAAUCGCCUCACACCAGGUCUUUACGCCGUAUUUCGACACGCCCCACACCCACAGUUUCGACUCUGUCUGCCGCGGCUUUGGGCUGCCGUACGCCGCCGCCUCGACGGCGGAGGCGUUCGAGGCAGCCUACGGCGCGGCGCUCGCGGGCGGCUCCCUCUCGCUGAUCGAAGUCUUCUGCCACAAGGAAGAGACCCACCGGACGCACCAGCAAUUGCUCGGCGUUGCGCGCGCAGUAGCCCGCCGCGUGCUCGCGAGCGGUGCUCGAGACAGUGCGCUGAGAGGAGGUGCGGUGUGA